AUGUUGCGAGCUGAAAUAGCUGGUGACGAGCCUUGCUUGGGUACGCAAUCUAAUGGUUCGUAUUCAUGGAUCACAUACAAUGAGGUUUUAGAGAAAGCAGCAGACCUGGGGUCUGGAUUAUUAGAACUUGGUUACAAACCUUCUCCAGAGACAUUUGUUGGUAUUUAUGCCACAAACAAAGCUGAGUGGAUCUUGACUGAUGUUGCAUGUCAGACAUAUUCAAUGGUUUCUGUGCCACUGUAUGACAGCCUGGGUGCUGAUGCGUGCACCUUUAUUGUUAAUCAUGCUGAUAUUUCUGUGAUUGUGUGCGACGGAAAAAAUGUUGAAAAACUAUUGACUAAAGCUGAUCAAUGUCCGCAGUUGAAACACAUAAUAACGAUUGGGGAAUUCAAAGAAGAUGAUGCACAGAAAGCUGAUAAUCUUGGGAUUACGAUGAAAUCCUUUGAAGAAGUCCAGGAAUUGGGACGAAAUAACCGAAAAGAGAAAUCACCUGGUAAACCAGAGGAUGUGUAUACUGUUUGUUUCACAAGUGGGACAACAGGUCAACCAAAGGGAGCUAUGAUUACAAACAAGAACAUCAUUGCAAACCUUGCUGGAUUUCGAGUGCAUUAUGAUAAGAAUGGCUUCGAGCUGGGUCCAGGUUUUUGCCAUAUCUCAUAUUUACCUCUUCCACACAUGUACGAAAGAAUAAUCCAGCUAGUUCUUCGUAGUGGUGGCGCUCGAACUGGAUUUUUCCGAGGAGAAAUCCCGUUAUUGUUGGAAGAUAUUAAGAUAUUGAGACCUUCGCUGUUUCCAUCAGUUCCCCGCUUGUUAAAUCGUCUUUAUGAUAAAGUCACCGCCGGUGUUGAAGCAAGUGGAGGGAUUAAGAAAUGGUUAUUUUACAAAGGUUUUUCCUCGAAAUUGGCCGACUUAGAGAAAGGACAAAUCUACAACAACGGCUUUUGGGACAAACUUGUAUUUAGAAAAGUCCAGGCGACCUUGGGAGGAAAUAUCCAACAAAUCGGCACUGGAGCCGCUCCAAUCGAGGCGAAAGUUUUAACAUUUCUGAAAGUUGUAUUCGGGUGUUGGGUUGCCGAGGGUUAUGGGCAAACUGAGGCCACGACUGCUGUAUCGAUCACUAAUAAAUUAGACAUGUCUUCAGGUCAUGUUGGUGCGCCGAUUGUAUGUAAUUACAUCAAGCUUGUCGAUGUUCCAGAAAUGGAGUAUUUUACCUCGAAGAAUCAGGGAGAAGUGUGUAUUUAUGGUCCAAACGUGUUCAAAGGAUACCUGAAAGAACCUGGGAAAACAGCUGAAGUGAUCGAUGAAGAUGGUUGGCUUCACACCGGGGAUGUUGGAGAAUGGAAGCCAAACGGCACAUUGAAAAUUAUUGGAAGAAAAAAGUGUAUUUUCAAGCUCUCCCAGGGUGAAUAUAUUGCUCCUGAUAAGAUUGAAAAUAUUUAUAUCAAAAGUCCUUUCGUAGCUCAAGCCUUUGUUCAUGGUCACAGUCUUAAGUCUUGCACUGUUGGUAUUAUUGUACCAGACGAAGAAAUUCUUAUGAAAUGGGCUUCAGAAAAUGGCUUGUCAAAAUCCUUCAAAGAAUUGUGUGCAAGCGAGGAUGUUAAGAACAUGAUUCUGAAAGAUAUUAUCGCAAAAGGCAAAGAAGCGAAGUUAGCAUCGUUUGAACAGGUCAAAGCCAUUCUCCUGCUUUCAGAAUUAUUCAGCAUCGAGAACGGCCUGCUGACGCCAACUCUCAAGUCAAAACGUUUCACAAUGCAGAAGAGAUUUGCUGAAGAGAUCGACAAGUUGUAUGAAGAUGUUGAAAGAAUAGCGCAACCAAAACUCUGAAUACAAAAGCACAGUACAUUCUUACAAUUUUUAU